GACAGGGUGCUGUUCAAAAUGGUUUUUCCGAAAAUGAGGAUGGAUUGCGCUAGGCGCAGGAAAUACGCAUUGUUUGCUUGUGGAAUGCACACUUUUGCCGCAUUUUGCUUAUUCGUUAGCGAGGCUAAUUACUUAUUGAUGCUACCAUUACUAGUGCGUGGUAUAACACGAUUCUUUGUUCAUGGAAGGGCAGUGAAUUACUUGCUCGGCAUCCAACCAUUUGUUGCAAGCGUACUGCAAGCACUAAUGCUCGCGCUUCACGUCUAUUCGAUUGUUGCCUUUGCGGAGCAACGCGAGUCCUAUUCAAGGUGGAAACCAAGAUAUUUGUUGAAAAAUCAUGCAAAUAAGCUGAUACAGAGCGACAACAGCUCCUGGCGUCACUGCAGCGAAAAUGGCUGUUAUAUGCCGCAUUCAUGUUGCAUGCCCAGUCAGCUACGAUGCUCACCUCGGAUACUGCUACAAAAUCUCACUAAAAAUGAAAGGAUCGGUGCAUUCAAAGCCAAAGAGUGGUUUUAUUCCACAGGUAAAAUCCCAUUUUAUCUCACUAGCUACUGAAG